GUAACGCGUAUUUUUAGGGAGGAAGCCGCUGGUCUUGGUCUUGGCGUUCGCUUCAAAACAAAAUGGACGCUGGACUCAGAGAAAGGGAACAUUCGUUGACUUUGAAAGGUAUAUUUCUAUUUGUAUUUGUUCGUAUACCUUGUACAGAUUGUUGCUGUUUUAUCAUCCACAUCUCCUAGUGAUGUUCGGUGGACUCUUUCUUGCCUGCAAAAGGUGUUCAAGCUUCAUAGCUUCUUUUUUGUAGUUUUCUGGUGGGAUCUCCUCCAGGGAUCUCUCGAAAUGCAGCGGAAAAUUAGUAAUCGCAUUUAGCAUACUAAAACUAUUUCCAUUCUCUUCAGCUUCCACUGGACAACCAAAUCUUUAAAAAGAUGCUCAUGACCCCCCUCCCCCUCCCCCUCCCUUUCCACCCUCGCAGGUAAACAGAAGUGAUUGCUCAAUAAAAAUUAAUUAUUGUGAUUCUCUUCAGCAGUGAUUUACUGGAAAUUUUGUGUACCUACACUUCAGUAACUUGCUGCCAAAUAGUGGGUGGGCCUUAUUUCAUAGGUGCUGUUGAAUAGAGUAUUACAUGUAAUAAAGUAUUUUUAAAUUUUACUUUGUAGUCAUGAGACUGACUAGACCAUCACUGUACACUAGUGUACCUGUAACAAAUGAAUCUCAAGAUCUGCCAGGUAAAUCACAUUACUUGUAAAAAUUUUUAUUAGCAGAUUAUGUGGAAAGUUUUCCUUUGUAUUCUGCUCAUGAUGUAUCCCAUCAAUAGUAGUGCGGCAGGGGUACUUUGCUGAAAGCCAAAUGCAGAACACCUAAUGACUCUGACUUUAGUGACUGGGGUUAGAAAACUAGGUGAAUCAGGUUCCAUUAUUUUAGGGUCAUUAAACUAAGAAAACAGACCUGAAACUUUAUUCACUCAGUUUCCUCACCCUAGUCACCAAACUUAAGAGUCAUUCAGUGUUCUGCAUUGUUGAAUGCUGAAUCAGAUGCAGAAUGCCAAUGCCGGUACAGGUGUCACUUUCACCCCGUAAACAACCAUGCAGCAGCCUGCUUUAUUUUGACAAGCAUAAGUUUUCAUCACUAACUGUAAGUUUUAUUGCGUGCAGGAAUUCCCCCGGCCCUUAGUGAUAACCCUGGACUCUACUUUAUUACUUUUAUUGCGACACCUUACAAAGGUUCUACAUCACGUAUAUCAUAGGGCCAUUUUUGUGGCGUAUCGAAAAUCUAUCUGGCUGGCAUUUAUACCACAUACCAGUAUUAUUUUUUGUUUAUAUCAAUUUUCACCAGCUUUUUAUCAAACCCAACAUAUACAGUAAGUAAUACAUGUAUGUAUGUAUUAGCUAAUAACAAUGAUGAUGAAAUAAUAAUAAUCAUAAUCAUUAUAACUAGUAUAAUAAAAAAUUAUUAUAAAUUGUAAUGAUACACUUAACAAUAGUUAGUAAAAUGGUUUUUCUUAGGAGAUACAUUUGAGGAUGCACAUCUAUCCGAUAUAACUUCAGUAAAAGGACUCAGUACCUUUGCUUUAGGGGAAUUAUUUGUUUUGCCACAGACAUUCGGGUAAGUUGAACUGAGAUAUACUUACUGGUAGUUUGGGACUUAAUGUUAUGUCAUUUGUAGUUUAACCAUUGUGAAAACUGAUGAAUGGUUAUGAACAACAACCAUUAAUUUUAUAAGCUAGAUCUGUUCCCUUUCAAUACAUGUACAUUAUUUAAUCAACUAAUAAUGACAGCCAAUGUGAUUGCCAGCCAAUAAUGUACAAAAGGUAGUAAUAUUACACAGAACUUUAAACUUUUAAUAAUAUUAUUAUUUUAAUAAUAAUAAUAAUAAUAAUAAUAAUAAUAAUAAUAAUAAUAAUAUUUUAUUAACUAUUUCUUUUUCUUCACAUCACAGAAAUAUUUUCCUUGGUGAAGUUUUUUCAAGUUAUGUUAGUGUCCACAAUGACAGUAACCAGCCAGUUAAAGAUAUUGUUAUUAAGGUCUGUAUAAAAUAAAUCUACAUUUACUUGUAACUACUAUGGAAGCUCUUGUAAGCAUUCAUCCACUGGACAUCAAAAAGGUAUUUGUUACUGGAGCUGACCGCUUACAAGAAUGUAAAAAUACAAAGUUUGUAUGGGAGUUGAGGGAAGUGGGGCCUUGUGAAGGCGGCCUUGCUGUCUGCUUACGAGAGCUAGUGUUUGGCUUCCACUGUAAUACAUUGUAAAUACUGUACAUAGAUCUUUUGUAAAUCAAUUUUCAAUUGCUACAACUAAUUCAUAAUAAAAUAUAGUAUGAAAUAAAUAUAUAUGCUCUGUAAGACAUGCAGAGAAAAUCAUCUCGGGCAUAAGCAAUGGCCAUGCUACAUUGUAUAGAUCUUUUAGGAAAAUAAGAAUUUAAUUACAGUCUCAAAUGCAGACUUAUACCAGUCUUUCUGCAGAAACUGAGAAAUUGGAGCCUCUGCAAAGUUAAAUCAACUGCCUUGAGUUUGUUUCUUGACAUGUUUCAAUACUGGAUAGUCUGGACCUUUGUGGAAGUAUUUAAUAACAUAAUACCAAGUUCAAGGAGAUUGAUUAAGUCAUUACACUACCACUUUCUUUCAAAAUUUCAGACUGAUUUGCAAACAUCAUCUCAAAGAUUGACUCUGUCUGGUACAUCUAACAUGCCAGUUCCUAAACUUGAUCCAGAAGAGAGCUUUGAUCAGGUUAUUCACCACGAAGUGAAAGAACUGGGAACACACAUGUGAGUUUUCACAAAUAAAAGUCAUCCGUGAGCUUCAACCAGAUUUUUCUUGCAAUAAAAUGCCAGUUGCCCAUUAUUCAUGCACUGUUCUUUUGCUUCUUAGCCACAUUUAUGUUCUGGAAUUGGGUAAAGGAUUCUUGAAAACACACAAUGUGCUGUUUCAUAAAAAUAGGCUGAUUUAGCAACAGAACGGGAAUGUCAGUUGACAACAGUAUGCACAAACCAAACAACUGGCUUGACCAAUUGCGGAGAGGCAAAUUGGGCACGAGAAGUUGAGUUUACUCCUUUCUGCUUGCUUUCCCCUUUCUGUAGCUAAAUCAGCCUAAUAUUGAAAGAAUAUUGAUAUUCCCUGGCCUCUCUCAAGAGAGUACAAUAUAGACAAAACACUAACAAACUUGUGUACAGCGCAUGUUCAUGUGUUCCAGAUUUAUUGAAGUGCUGGUUUCUGCAUGAGGAGAGGUGAAAUCCUGUCAGAGAAAGGUAGCCGGAUUCUGAGGCCCACCAAAUGUGGGCAUAGGUCUGAACUAAAGCUUGCAAUUGGCCACAUCGGCAAAGGGGAAAGUCCUCUCACCACUCAGCCUUCCUUCCCCACCCACUCCCCACCAAAGAAACAACAAUUAAUGGCCACAAAUCCUUUGAGGGGUCCUGUCAAUUGCCAAGUAGUGUGCCAAUAUACUGGCCAUGUGGAUUGAACAACACAAAUGUUUGUUGCAACAAUUUUGUUUUACUUUUCCUUACAGACUUGUUUGUGCUGUGAGCUAUGCAACCAUAAAUGGUGAUAAAAUGUACUUUAGGAAAUUCUUUAAAUUUCAGGUGAUUAAUUUUGAAUUACAGAAAAUGCUACAACUUUUAAACUAUAAAUAAACUCUACAAGGUUCAUGCCUUUCUCAACUGAUUUUAACUCCACUAGGUCCUUAAACCUCUUGAUGUUAAAACAAAGUUUUAUAAUGCCAUGGUAAGCAUGAAACUCUUCUUUUGUUUGUGUUUUAGAUGGCUUUUCUCAUGCAGUCAUUUGUAUUCAUUAUAUUGAUACCAUGGUUAAUUAAACUCCUGAGGGUUUUGUUUUUUGUUUGGUGCAAGGAUGAUGAAGUAUUUCUUGAAGCACAAGUACAGAACAUAACUUCAAGUCCUAUGGUAAUGGAGUCAGUACAAUUGGAGCCCUCAGCCGUUUACACUGUCACAGACCUCAAUUUCAUCCCAGCUGACCAGAAAAAGGAUGUUAGUGGGUGAGAUGAGACAGUGUACAUCUAAUGACUUACAUUGUAACAUUUCUUUGGGAAAUUAUUGGAUCACCCUUUUUUUCUGGGGGGGAGGUCUGAGAUAAGCGCUGUCAUUAGUUGCAGGCAGUUGGCUUGUUUGGCCAGCUACUGCAGCAGUAAAAUCAGCCAGCUACUCAAAUUUGAAAAUGUCAAACAUAGCAAAUAUGGGAAGAUUUGUGGGAUAAAUGACCAGCUACUUUUUCUACAGGACUAGCCACUUAAAAUCAUGCAUAAUGACUGCCCUGAAAGUUAGGGACAAUUUCUCCAGGAGACCUCACCUGUUGGCUUCACCCUCACUCCCAGGGGUAAUUUCCACCUUUGGUACUGUACACUAAACAUAAUAGGAGUAACUGAAAGAACUCUGUUUUACAUUAACAGGGAUGAAGCUGUCGCAGAGAGUAUAUUUGGACGAGGAUCGUACAUGAACCCAAAUGACACAAGGCAGUAUCUGUACAAGCUGACACCAGUGCAACCCACUUACAAGAAUGUUAAGGUAUGAGAACUGCCUCAUUAUCAAGCAUAAUUAUAUGUGAGUCAUUCCUCUCUUUAAGGUUUCAGUCACUGAUUUAUUUAUGACUCACUGGAGGGGUUAGAGAAAUCCUCCAAUGAACGAAAACUUCACAGCCCACCCCUUGACUUCACUCAUACUUUACUCAAAACUACAAGACUUCCAAAUAAUUAUUAUUGAUAUGCUCCAACCACCUCCUCCCCUCCCCUACCCCCCAACCUAAACACAGAUGUUUCCCCUAAAUGAGCUGGAGGCGUGUGGCACUGUUUUAUUUUUUUUCUUUAUAACUAGGUUGCAAAUGUUGUGGGGAAGUUGGACAUUGUAUGGAGAACAGCAUUUGGAGAAAGGGGUAGACUUCAAACCAGCCAAUUACAGAGAGUUGUGAGUACAUUAUCAAAACAAUUAAAUGCUCUUAACAUUCUCCAUUGUAGACCCUAAAAGAUAAACAAUAAACUCCUUACAGUGUCAAGAAAUACCAUGUAGUUAAAGACGGGGAAGACAAUUUGCAAAAGCAUUGAACAGAGCAUUUUAACAUGACGUCACGACAGCCAUAUUGGUGUUCCAAACCAAUUCUGUUGGAGCUGGACUCGUUUCUUCUUUAAACGCUUUCUUUUGUUCGAAUAGAUUUGCAUAGAUGCUGGCCAUGAGAGCGAAAAUGCUCUAUAGUCACUGAUCAUUUGACAUUGGCUCUUCCUAUCAGUGCAAAACCAUAGGGGAAGGUGGUGAAGAAGAUUGGAGGAUAAAUGAUACAAAAUAAAAUAAACGAUAAAUAAAUAAAAUAAAAGUACAAUCUGAAUUGAGAAGUUACUAAGUGGAAAGAAGCUGAAAGUUGAGCAGUGCGAAGAUUAUAAUUCCAUAUAGUUUAACAGAUAAUGUGGCAAUUAAAGACCUUUUCCUCAUUCGUUAAACAAAGGAACCGUCUCAUUGUCACCAUGUUUUCUCUUUACACCUAAAAGGUGCGUAAGGUUAUUCCCAGGACUUAGAAGCUUCAAAAUUGCCCGUAAGAUAUCCUUGUCAUUUUGUGGUAGCUAUGUUCAGCAAAUGAAGCCAAACAUCUUCCCAUGUACAUGCAGUGAUAAAUAGUGAUGGUUCAAUUUGUGGAGACAAUAAUCAUUAUUAACAGAAUAUCAUUUUAAAAUUUUUUCAGCCUCCUCCUGUGUUAGACAUCAAAAUGAGCAUUGUUCAAAUCCCAGAUGCCGUUUUAGUGGAAAACAGGUUCCCACUGAAAAUAAAACUCAGAAACACUUGGUAAGUAGUGUUUUCAGCAGAAGUUGACCCUUUGAGCCCUAAUAAUUAUCAAAGUUAAAUUCCCAUUGUUGUAACUUUACUAUACAAAUAGUGGAGAGAAGUUGUCAAAGUUAUCAAUAAUAUUCAUCUUUCGUCAAGUCCUUAAUUUUGAGUGAUGUUCAUCGCUUUUGGGUCUAAAAGAUUUAAGAAAACCACUUAAUUAUGAUCAAAAGAGUUUUUACAGUGUACCUGAAUAUCAAGCAGGACUGGCUUACUUGGUCUAAAAGUAAAGAAGACAUGGAAAUUUUACCACUGGGUACAUAAUAUUCACGAUUUGUGAAUUCUUGUUUUUAUCAGUGAUAGAAAGAUGGAACUGAAACUGUUUAUGACCAAAAGUAAAGAUGGUGGACUGAUGUGGUGUGGUACAUCUGGAAAGGUACGUCUUGAAUAUUCUGAAACUUUGAAACACUUUGUUAAUUGUAUGGUAUUGUAAUAAACAGCAUCAUAAGAAAUUACUCUUCGGUAGAUUUCUCUUUUUCUACUCAUACAUCACCAAAAUGCCUGCCAUCAGAAAACCCCUUAUGGUAACGAAGGUGAGGUAGGAUUUUCAUUGAAACAAGAUCUUGACCUGUAACGUUUCUAAAGCAGUUUUCUGUUGGUAUUGUUGUAGAAUCUAGGUCCUCUUCUUCCAGGAAAUUCAGUGGAAUUACAUUUCAAUCUUCUCCCUCUCGCUGCUGGAAUGCAGGUAUAUGAUUCAUAGUUUCAAUGCAAUUAUGAUUAAGAUUGAAAUUUUGAGUUCUCUAACAGUCCUGUACUUUUGCAUUGUUUCAUUAAUCCAAGGGCAGUGUUAUGUUGAUUUACUUCUACAGGGGCGGAUCUAGGGGGAGGGUGCAGGGGGUGCGCACCCCCCCCCCUUCCUGAGAUGACCUGCGAUUUUCUAAUACAAGUGGUAUUCUGCCAAAAAAAAACUAUGUGGUUUAUUGGUGUUGAAGUAGAGCAAAAGACAAGUGCACCCCCUCCUAAAAAAAAUGCUGGAUCCGCCCCUGUUCUAUAUAUUCGGUUCAAAUAAUAAUUUAUUUUCAAUACUAAUCAUCUUUCCCAUAUGUGAACUCAACUGGUUUUGGAUAAUAUCACGUAACUACGAUACGGUCAGCUCACAGAUUGUUUCACAUCCAUCCAGUUGUCUCUGUUAAGAACAAAAACAGCUGAGACUGCUACACCCUGUCUCUUUUACAUUUUUUACUCUUUGUGGACAAAAAAGAACAGAUGGGGACUUUACAAUUUCUGGCAAUGACAACGUCUGGUGCUUAUAUCUCUGUGUCUUACAGAUAAGUUCCUCUACUGUCCCUGUAAUUUCCCACUUGUGUCCUUGCUGUAGGCUUCUUGUGUCGUGCUAGUGUCCAUCUAGUUCACAUUAAUUUUUGUGCCCCAACCUGUAGUUCACCUCUUGUGCCCUGUGGUGUUCCUCUAGUAUGACACCCCUGUAUUUCACCUCCUUUGCCCUGUGGUGCUCCUCUAGUAUGACUCAUGUUCCUCCAGUUUCCUUCGUGUACCCCUGUAUUUCACCUCUUUUGCCCCUUUAGUGUUCUUAUUGUGUCCCUUUAGUUUCCUUCUUGUCCCCCUCUAGUGUACCCCUUGUACCCUGUGGUGUCCCUCUUGUGCAUCUUGUGUCCUUCUAGAGUCCCUUUUGUGUCCCUCCUAAUCUCCUUCUUAGACAAGUAGUUCGUUAUACCCCACAAAGGAAGGAAAAAUAACUACCAUCAACUGACAUGAUAAAACUCACUUUGGCUCUAAAGAUGACUACCUCCUCACAGGUUGUCAAAAUGCCAGUCACUGUCAACAACAAUCCUAUUCAGGGCUACACUUACGAGCACAAUCACGUUUCACCUACUGAUAAACUGUUUUUCUUUUAUUGCUUUCAGAGUGUUGGAGGCUUGCAAAUCAUAGACACAAUUUCUUCACGGACUUACGAGUUGGAUAACUUGGCACAAGUUUUUGUUUACUCAUCAGAACUUUCACCAUUCAUUCAUCAAUCCAAGAGAUGACCAAUUUGGCUCAAUAACAAUAAACAGAGACUUUAUAAAGAAUCGAUUUGAAGCCAUAACUACGGUAAUUUAUAUGGAAACUUCUGCAACAAAAGACAAAGAAACUGCUCAGAGAAGAAAAGAGAUAUUAAUGACAAAGAAAACAGAUGUCAGUGGGUGUCUAAUAACAUUCUGACCACUUACAGGAAUGUGCUUUAGCUGCGCCCGGUGCCCCCUGGUCCCCAACUUUUGUUGCUCUCAGGGGACUAGAAAAUCUGAGUUUCUUCAUACAAACAAUAAUUAUGUUGAGCACCAGGUUUUACAGGGCCAGAACUCGGAGCUGCCUUCAAUUUUGCAUAGAGCAUAGCCUUGACUUAUUAACAUCAUCAUCAUCAUCAUCAUCACAUAGUUCUCUCUUGAUGGUAGACAGGACAGACAAUGAAAAGAUCAAUGAGUGUACCCC